GCACCCCCGGCCGUGGCCCAUGAGGUGGGUGCCCCUGCUGUGAGAAGCCCCGCCCGACCGGGCUCCGCGCCUUCCCUUCCCUCCCUUCCUUCAAGCUUCUCGGUUCCCUCCCCUGAGAUACCGGCGCCAUGUCCAGCGCCCGGACCCCCCUACCCACGCUGAACGAGAGGGACACGGAGCAGCCCACCCUGGGACACCUCGACUCCAAGCCCAGCAGUAAAUCCAACAUGCUGCGGGGCCGCAACUCAGCCACCUCUGCUGACGAGCAGCCCCAUAUCGGCAACUAUCGACUCCUCAAGACGAUUGGCAAAGGUAACUUCGCCAAGGUGAAGCUGGCUCGGCACAUCCUGACUGGGAAAGAGGUAGCUGUGAAGAUCAUUGACAAGACCCAGCUGAACUCAUCCAGCCUCCAGAAACUCUUCCGCGAAGUAAGAAUAAUGAAGGUUUUGAAUCAUCCCAACAUAGUUAAAUUAUUUGAAGUGAUCGAGACUGAAAAAACGCUCUACCUUGUCAUGGAGUAUGCCAGUGGAGGAGAGGUGUUCGAUUACCUAGUGGCUCACGGCAGGAUGAAAGAAAAAGAGGCUCGGGCCAAAUUCCGCCAGAUAGUGUCUGCUGUGCAGUACUGCCACCAGAAAUUUAUUGUUCAUAGAGACUUAAAGGCAGAAAACCUGCUCUUGGAUGCCGAUAUGAACAUCAAGAUUGCCGACUUUGGCUUUAGCAACGAAUUCACCUUUGGGAACAAGCUGGACACGUUCUGUGGCAGUCCCCCUUAUGCCGCCCCAGAGCUCUUUCAGGGCAAAAAGUAUGAUGGACCUGAGGUGGACGUGUGGAGCCUGGGAGUCAUCCUGUACACCCUGGUCAGCGGGUCCCUGCCUUUCGACGGACAGAACCUCAAGGAGCUGCGGGAACGGGUACUGAGGGGGAAAUACCGUAUUCCAUUCUACAUGUCCACAGACUGUGAAAACCUGCUUAAGAAAUUUCUCAUUCUCAAUCCCAGCAAGAGAGGCACUUUAGAGCAAAUCAUGAAAGAUCGAUGGAUGAAUGUGGGUCAUGAAGAUGAUGAAUUAAAGCCUUAUGUGGAGCCACUCCCUGAUUACAAGGACCCCCGGCGGACAGAGUUGAUGGUGUCCAUGGGUUACACACGGGAAGAGAUCCAGGACUCGCUGGUGGGCCAGAGGUACAACGAGGUGAUGGCCACCUAUCUGCUCCUGGGCUACAAGAGCUCUGAGCUGGAGGGUGAUGCCAUCACCUUGAAGCCCCGGCCUUCAGCCGAUCUGACCAAUAGCAGUGCUCCAUCCCCUUCCCACAAGGUACAGCGCAGUGUCUCAGCCAACCCCAAGCAGCGGCGCUUCAGCGACCAGGCAGCUGGUCCUGCCAUUCCCACCUCGAAUUCCUACUCUAAGAAAACUCAGAGUAACAACGCCGAAAAUAAGCGGCCUGAGGAGGACCGAGAGUCAGGGCGGAAGGCCAGCAGCACAGCCAAAGUACCUGCCAGUCCCCUGCCCGGCCUAGAGAGGAAGAAGACUACCCCCACCCCCUCCACGAACAGUGUCCUCUCCACCAGCACAAACCGAAGCAGGAAUUCCCCACUUCUGGAGAGGGCCAGCCUUGGCCAGGCCUCCAUCCAGAACGGCAAAGACAGCCUAACCAUGCCAGGGUCCCGGGCCUCCACGGCUUCUGCUUCUGCCGCAGUCUCUGCGGCCCGGCCCCGCCAGCACCAGAAAUCCAUGUCGGCCUCCGUGCACCCCAACAAGGCCACUGGGCUGCCCCCCACGGACAGUAACUGUGAGGUGCCGCGGCCCAGCACAGCCCCCCAGCGUGUCCCUGUUGCAUCCCCCUCCGCCCACAACAUCAGCAGCAGUGGUGGAGCCCCAGACCGAACUAAUUUCCCCCGGGGUGUGUCCAGUCGAAGCACCUUCCAUGCUGGGCAGCUCCGGCAGGUGCGGGACCAGCAGAACUUGCCCUACGGUGUGACCCCAGCCUCUCCCUCCGGCAACAGCCAGGGACGGCGGGGGGCGUCAGGGAGCAUUUUCAGCAAAUUCACCUCCAAGUUUGUACGCAGAAAUCUGUCUUUCAGGUUUGCCAGAAGGAACCUGAAUGAACCUGAAAGCAAAGACCGAGUGGAGACGCUCAGACCUCAUGUGGUAGGCGGUGGAGGCACUGACAGAGAAAAGGAGGAGCUGCGGGAGGCCAAGCCACGCUCCCUCCGCUUCACGUGGAGCAUGAAGACCACGAGCUCCAUGGAGCCCAACGAGAUGAUGCGGGAGAUCCGCAAGGUGCUGGACGCAAACAGCUGCCAGAGCGAGCUGCACGAGAAGUACAUGCUGCUGUGCAUGCACGGCACGCCCGGCCACGAGAACUUCGUGCAGUGGGAGAUGGAGGUGUGCAAACUGCCGCGGCUCUCUCUCAACGGGGUUCGGUUUAAGCGGAUAUCGGGCACCUCCAUGGCCUUCAAAAACAUUGCCUCCAAAAUAGCCAACGAGCUGAAGCUUUAACAGGCUGCCAGGAGUGGGGGGGCAGCGGAGGCGGGCCCGCUGGACUUAGCUGCUGGGGCCUCCGCUCCAACCCACCUGGGCGAGACUGCAGAGAUGGAUUGGCGUGUCUCCCCCUGCUGGCACUUCUCCCUCCCCGCCCUGCUCAGUUUUUCUUCCAUGUUUGUGGGGAUGAGAGAUGGUUCUUUCCCCCCACACUUACCCCUGCCCAGAGAGUCCCCUUCCCCCCUCUCUCCCACAGGAGGCAAAGGAAGGGGAGGGGGGGCAGGGCUCCCCCUCGGUACUGCGGUUGCACAGAGUAUUUCGCCUAAACCAAGAAAUUUUUUAUUACCAAAAAGAAAAAAGAAAAAAAAAAUCCCAGCGGCCACCUUUCCUCCCUGCCCCAUUGGGACAGUCGAGACUGGAUCUGUGGGGUUUCCCGGGAGGGUGGCUCAGGGCUGGAACACUCUCAGGCAAGAGUGGUGGAGUUCCCUGUCAGGCCCUCCGCCAGGCCCACUUUGGGCUUCUCCCCUCUCCUCCCCUCCCUCCCCUCCCUCCCCUCCAAGCAAACCACCAGAGGUGGCCU